UCCCUGCUCGUCGGCGAGUGCAGACGUUCGGGAAGGAGGUGCAGACCUGGUGUGAUCUUCCAUUUGGACAGAGUGAAAGAGAACAAUGCAGAAGGACUCUGGCCCACUAAUGCCUUUACAUUGGAUCGGCUUUGGCUAUGCAGCACUGGUUGCUUCCGGCGGGAUCAUUGGCUAUGCAAGAGCAGGCAGCGUCCCGUCCCUGGCUGCCGGGCUCCUCUUCGGUGGAUUAGCAGGCCUCGGUGCCUAUCAGCUGUCCCAGGAUCCAAGGAACAUUUGGGUUUUCUUAGUUACAUCUGGAACCUUGGCUGCCAUUAUGGGAAUGAGAUUCUACCACUCUGGAAAAUUUAUGCCUGCAGGCUUAAUUGCAGGUGCCAGUUUGAUGAUGGUCGCCAAACUUGGAAUUAGUGCGUUGGGUAAACCCCAUCAGUAGUAGCCAUGGCCCAGCUUGGACUCAUGAAGAAUUUUAAAAUGUUCACUAUUUUUAGCAUAUUAAGAUAAAUAAGUACAGCAUUUUCACAUAUUCUGACAUUUUACUUAAAACAAAAACAAACC